UGCGAAUUAACUAUCCAAUCCUAAUGCAUGAAGCUGAAAUGGUAGGAUUAGAGGAUGAGUCAGCGAAGAUUAGAAAGUGGAUCUUAGAAGUAGAUGGACCCUCAACGGUGAUUGGAAUAGUUGGAAUGGGGGGAAUCGGUAAAACCACACUUGCUCAAAAGAUAUGUCAAAGUGAGAGUGUGAAAAAUUGUUUUAAUCACUUGGUCUUCGUUACUGUUUCUCAAAGUUUCAAAUUGAAUGAAUUGCUGAAGAAGAUGCUUAAAAAGCUAGAUGUAGAAGAGGAAUCUCUGAGGGGAAUGGAUGUUGAGGAGCUAUUGGAAAGUCUUAACAGGAAAUUAGAUGCAAAAUACUUGGUAGUUUUGGACGAUGUUUGGGAAACAAAUGAAGCGAUGUGGUGGGAUAGCUUGAAGUCCGGUUUGCCCCGAGUGGAGGGUAGUUGUGUUAUUGUUACAACUAGGAAUGACAAGGUUGCUAAAUCAAUGGGAGCUGCCAGGAGAUGCAUACACUAUCCCCAAACUCUUUCAAAUGAAGAUAGUUGGUCUUUAUUCAGUAAAGUAGCUUUUGCAAGAACUGGAGGUAAGUGCACAAAUCCAGACUUGGAGGGCUUGGGAAAGGAGAUUGUUGUGAGGUGCGAGGGGCUACCAUUAACAAUCAAGGUUGUGGGUGGAAUGAUGUUGGGGAAGAGUGAUUCUAUCCAUGAAUGGAGGCGAAUAUCAGAGCACUUGAAGGAGGAGUUGGGAAUCAAUAAGAAAGAUGAGCUGAUCAUUUCAAGACUAGAGUUAAGCUAUGAAGAGCUCCCAACACACUUAAAACCUUGCUUCUUGUGCUUUGCCAUGUUUCCAGAAGAUUUUGAAAUUUAUGUUCCCGACAUGGUUAACUGGUGGAUUGGAGAGGGUUUUGUUCGGGGAAAAAAUGGGAAAACAGCAUUUGAGAUGGGAGAAGAAUGUUUUUCAGAAUUAUUCAAUCGUUUUUUGAUACUUGGAGUGCAUAAAGAUUUGUUUGAAAGAAGCUUUCAUCUUUGCAAAAUGCAUGAUAUGGUUCGAGAUAUGGUUAUAAGAAUUGCAAGAGAAGAGAGCAUUUUUGUGGGGUUGGACUGUGGAGGUAGUUCCGCAUUCAGUGAGCAGUCUCGUCGUUUGGGAAUUGUGGGGAAUACAACUGUAGAUAGCAUCGCAAACAGUCCCACCAAGCUGCGGACGUUGGUUGGGAUGGACAUUCAGAGCAUAGAGAUGAUUGUAAGUCUAAAAGCAAAUUUAUGUAAAGUAAGGUGGUUGAGGGUGUUAUCUCUUUCAUUGUCAGAAAGGAAACUCGAUGCAGAUGUGGUGUGCAGUGAUUGGUUGAGUGGGAUAGAGUCAUUACAUCACCUCCUUUAUCUUAAUAUAGAGAGAAGUUCUGCCGUAAGAUCACUGCCCGAUUCAAUUGGAAAUCUUCGUAAUCUCCGGAUUCUAUGUUUAUUGUACAGCCCCAAUUUGAAAAGUCUUCCCGUGUCAAUCACAACAUUAGAGAAGCUAACAGUUAUCCAAAUCUUUGACCCUCAUUCUUUAGAAUGCAUGCCGGAAGGGCUUGGAAAGCUUUCAAAUCUCGAAAGGUUAGGAUGGUUUAGUCCUGUGAAUAAAAAUGGAUCCGGUAUUUCGGAGUUGAAGAGCUUAACAAAACUUAGAGAACUUUGGAUGGACAUUAAGUCAGUUGAAGAAAUAGAAGAAGGGGAAUGGAAUGUGUUAUCAAUGCUCCAGCAUUUGCAAAUUUUAAAGUUAGCUUUUGGGAGAAUUUCUGUUGAAAGAGAUGGAGUUGUAAGGAAGAUCGAAAGUGAGCUUUCUCCUCCUCUUAAAUUCCUGAGAGAGUUGUUUAUUUGGAACUGGCCAGGAGAAAGGACACCUGCGUGGCUCAGUCCUACUUCCCUUCCCAAUCUUCAGUUUCUUUACAUUAGUGGUCGGGAGGGAAGGAUAAGGGAGAUGGGUCCCAGAUUUUGGGACAGCGAGAGUGGGGUAUGGAAAGUGGAGGUCCUGGUGCUACAAUUUUUGUACGAAUUGGAAGAAGAGUGGCAGAGGAUGCGAAGGGCGAUGCCGUCUUUAAGACUCCUCGAGGUUUACAAGUGUCCGAAGCUCAAGUCAUUCCCAUUCGAUGUUACAGAUCGUUCGGAGGUGAAGAUAUGGAGGAGAGGAGAAGAAGGUAAUUAA